UAAAUAAGAAAUGGCACCAACCUCUUGCUUAUUUUUUCACUGAAAGUAGCAUAAGUGGCGAUGAUUUAUAUAAAAUUAUACUUGAAUGCUUAAGUAGACUAAAAAAAGCUGGAGCAGAUUGUCGUUUUUUAACGUGUGAUAUGGGCACUAACAAUCAACGCUUAGUUAAUUUACUUCAAGUGAAAGUAAAAAAUAAUAAUCAACAAGAUAGCUUUACAACAGUAAAUAUUGGUAGUUUUAUUCAUGAUGGUAUUAAAUAUUAUGUAGGCUAUGAUGUUCCACACUUAUUUAAAAGGCUUUUAGCAUUUUUAAGAUCACGAAAACCAUUAACCUGUGAUAAAAAAAUUAUAGCACUGUAUGAUGAUUUCAUUUUAACAUUUCGAGUGGAUAGAAAUACUGAAGGUGGCUCACAUUUAUUAUCUCACAUAGACGAGAGAUUGCAUCUGCGACCAAAUAGUUUUGAAUCCAUGAAUGUGAAAAGAACUUUUCAAAUGUUUGGUCGCAGAUACGCAGCAGCAAUGAAAACUGCAGGUCAUGCAAAUCUUUUGAUAAGCUCCAAAACAUGGAUGGAAACUGCAGGAUUUAUCGAACGUUGUAAUGAUGCAAUUGAUGCUCUCAAUACCUUAACAAAUAAAGAUGAAAAACGUCUCAAUAUGAAGCGUGUUAUAUCUGAUCGAAAUCCACAAGUUGAAAAUUGUCUCAUAGAUUUUUUAAAGUGGACAUUAAAGUGGAAACUUGCAACUGGACUGCUGAAUCAAGAUAAUGUUGAGCAUCUUUUUUCAAAAUUUCGUCAACGAGGUGGAAACAAUGCAAAUCCAACUGCUCGAGGUAUUCGAAUUUCGACUGGUCAUAUUCUUUCAAAUGGUUUUACAUACAAGAGUGCUGGUUGUAAUACUAGAAAAACUGAAAAAGAAUCUCAUAAAAUUAAUAAUAAAAAUGAUUCAAUGAGUGAAGAGUGGAAUGAAGAAGAGAGCGACUCAGAAGAAGAUGAUGACGUUGGAGUACUUGAAGAUGUUGAUACACUGUAUGGUGAAACAAAAAUCAAAAGAAAGUGUUGA